UGUUAAGAUGAGUUCCAGAUGGAUUGAGUCGAGAAUCGGGAACCUUAAGCUCAAAACAAGAUUGAGCUUCAAGAUAUGGAAGCGUGCUUGGGUGUUGCACCUUUAAGGAACAAAGAAACUAAAGAAAUGGAAACCUUUUAAUACUUUAAUACUUGAGUUCCAUAAACAAUUCAAAGACCAUCUGUUGUAACUUCUUCCCGAGCAACGAGUGUGGAUGCUUAUCGUGCUUGUAAUCAUGUGUCACAUGAUACAUACACUCUUAAGGAAUAGUUAAGGUGAACAAGGACUAGACUUUCCGCUAUCUCGCGAUUCUUUAUCCCACCAAAGCACAGACAAUGAGAUCACAAAUCUCGUGUAUGGAACUAUAUUUCAUGUUCAGCAACUUCUUCAAGUCUAUGGGGUGGUGUAAGGUACCAGGUUUUAUGCAGGCGCACGUAGAAAUGGGGUUGGUUAAUGAAGUUGAGCUUAAAAGCCUUUUGGAACAAGAAACAGAUUCCCCACAAACAAAAGCAGCUUCUUUGAUGGAGCAAGGAUCACUUCGAGAACGCAGAGCUAAAGCGCCUAGGAACAGUGUGAUCCAGAGCUUCAAGAUCGUGAUUUUAUCAAAUAAACUCAAUCUUUUGUUGCCUUUCGGUCCUCUAGCUAUACUAGUCCAUUACUUGACAGAUACUAAGGGAUGGUUCUUCUUACUAAGCUUAGUAGGCAUCACACCAUUAGCUGAACGUCUCGGAUAUGCCACAGAGCAAUUGGCUUGCUACACAGGUUCAACUGUUGGAGGUCUCCUAAAUGCUACAUUUGGAAACGUGAUAGAGCUGAUCAUAUCGAUUAUCGCUCUUAAAAACGGGAUGAUACGCGUUGUACAGUUGACGCUGCUUGGCUCGAUUCUGUCUAACAUGUUGCUUGUACUUGGGUGCGCCUUUUUCUGUGGCGGCCUUGUGUUUUCCCGGAAAGAUCAAGUCUUUGACAAAGGAAAUGCAGUUGUGAGUUCGGGGAUGCUUUUAUUGGCAGUCAUGGGGCUGCUUUUCCCCACGGUUCUUCAUUACACGCACAGCGAGGUUCAUGCCGGGUCAUCAGAGCUUGCUCUCUCAAGAUUUAUCAGUUGUAUAAUGCUCCUUGCCUAUGCAGCUUAUCUCUUUUUCCAGUUAAAGAGCCAGCCAAGUUUUUAUACCGAGAUGAUUCUUGCCAGUUUUACGGAAACAAACCAGAACAAAGAAAUGUCAGAAGAUGAUGAAGAUCCCGAGAUCUCCAAGUGGGAAGCUAUCAUCUGGCUUUCAAUUUUUACGGCUUGGGUCUCUCUUCUUUCCGGCUAUCUUGUUGAUGCCAUAGAGGGUGCUUCAGUCUCAUGGAAGAUACCAAUCUCUUUUAUCAGUGUCAUCUUGCUUCCUAUAGUUGGAAAUGCGGCCGAGCAUGCAGGUGCUAUUAUGUUUGCCAUGAAAGACAAGCUGGAUCUGUCUUUGGGAGUGGCUAUUGGAUCCUCCAUUCAGAUUUCUAUGUUCGCGGUUCCUUUUUGCGUGGUCAUCGGAUGGAUGAUGGGUGUACAAAUGGACCUAAAUUUCCAGCUAUUUGAGACGGCUACUAUGUUCAUAACUGUUAUUGUUGUAGCUUUCUUUCUCCAGGAAGGGACAUCAAAUUACUUCAAAGGACUGAUGCUGAUUCUUUGCUAUUUGGUAGUCGCUGCCAGCUUCUUUGUACACGAAGAUCCUCAUCAAGAUGAUAUAUAAAGCAAAAACACAGAAGAACACAAUCUAGUGUGUAUCCUAAACCAAAGCCUGAUGAUCUCAGGAACACACCAUCUUACAUGUACACUUGAACUUUUGAAGUUUUAUUUCAGAACUACUGAAAGCAGCUAGCCACCAUUUAACGUUUUUGCCUCCCCAUAAGUUGUGUACUUCCCUUGGGGCUUAAGUUACAAAUUAAUUUAUAAAAUCACAUUGAUGAAAAUUACUUAAUUAAGU